AUGGAGUACUCCUUGUCCAAGCUCCCAGUGAGCCAACAACAAUUACUGCUGCCUCUGCUUAAACUGAAGCAAGAUGUUGGCAGGGACAAUUGCAUAAUGCUUUGCGAUCUCUUUGAAAAUUUUGCAAAGGCUACGCAGAGCUUCUCCAGUGCACUAAAAGUCUUGCAGCACAAAGCGGAUGCAUUUCAUAAAAUUGUGGCAGCUGGAACGGUCCACCCGGAUGUGUCUCAGGCAGUUAUGCUUAUUAGGGGCGAUCAGCACAAAUCUGACACCCAAGAAUUUGACACUGCCAUCGUCGCUAGUACCACAGCCGAACAAGCGGGUUUGUUAACAGUAUGGAGUGGCAUAGGGGCUCUCUUUGGGUCGAUGUGUAUGGAAUUUGAAAAGCUAAAUAGCACUAUAACAAACGAUGUACUAAAUCAACUCCAAUCGUUAGUCAAACCUGCAGAAGAUGGUAAAAGUUGUCCAUCAAAUGACCCAAUAAGCGGGGUUAUUAACUUCAUACCCAACCUGCAGAUGAUGUCUAUGAAUGGUAAAUACACAAAUUCCAAAGUGCAGAAGGGUAUAUCGCACGUUUUAAAAUCACAUGAAUCAUUACAAGAGUGUAUUGUUGAGGAGAACGAGAUUGUACAAAGGGUGAAGAUGGCACUUAAGAAUAUUGGCAUUAACACUGAUGAUAUGGAUAAUGUAAAGGUUAGAGAUCUUGCAUCAUCGCACUUAGAUGCCAAAACAAAGACGGCGAUUAGUUCGGCCAUUAGACAUACGAUGAAGGCCAAGGAGAAUUUGGGCAAAUACCUACAAGAAUUGUUUGCACUGGCACCGGAACUGCGGCAAUUAACCAAAACAUCAGAAUCAAGUGAUGUUUCUUCUAUUGUUAGUUUGGAUCAGAUUGGUUACCAGGUGUCUAAUGCCCAAAAUUGCCCUACGGAUGUGGCGGAAAAUCUUGUAAAUGAAUUUACAAAUUGGGAAAUGAAUCGUCUUUGCACCAUAUCCCGAGCACUUCAAAUGUGGAUCAAAGUACAUGUUGAGUGUGAGCAAAAGAAUUAUUCACCAUUAAUUAAGGUUUGGAAUUCAUUAAGUGACGAUUUCUCACCUUUGGGUGACUUCAACAGUUUUGUGAAAAAUCUAAUGGGCUCUAGGGUUAAAUCAAUUCAUAUUCACUCUAGGGAAUACGAUUAUGACGAUGUAAAGUUAUUAGAUAAACAUCCAGGGGCAUUGGAGUGCGUUUACACUUAUUCUUUAUGCGGAGAAAAUGAUAAUUAUUCCAAGAAGAGUAGCAUUUUGUCACUCUUUAGCGUCUCUAGGGAUAAAACGCCAAGCAUAAAUUCGAUUCCACCUAGUGAUGAGGAUUUAUCAGCAACGGCCAGAUCAUUCACUAGUGUUGCCUCUUAUACCGAUAGGACAACUGGCAUUGAAAACUUUACGACGGCACGAACUUCAUUAGACGCCGUAACAGCGAGAUCUGCUAUACCAGCGGUUACUGAUCUGUUCAAUUCAUCCGAACAGUUUAAAACGUCCCGAACUUCAGCAUCUACAUCUAGAACCACUGCACCUACGAGUAUAUCAAUGUCCACUGCUAGAAAUGAGCUCAAACUUGAUGAAUUGCAAGAGAGCGAUGAGCAGCUAGGUUCGAAUACUUCUAGUGUAGCAGAUCCGGCACUCAAGUUACCUUUGCACAAGCUAAAUGAACUAAAUUCGCCGUUGGCAUCAGACGGCAAUAAAACCGAUAAUGCAAAGAUUAUUAAGAUGGAUAAUGAGUUAAACAAUACUGAAAUUAAGAAGGAAGAAAGUGAACUUACAUUUAGGGACUUUGCUUGUACCCAAAGCGGUACCUUUUCAUCAACCCUACUAACCACAAGUUUGUCAAAAACGGCCAAUACGCUAACCACUAGCGAGAAGAAUGAAUAUUCGUAUAGCCCUAACGAUAAACCUGAUGUGAGGGAGAUAAAAUCAAUUUCACACGUCCCGCUUCCGGAAAAAUAUUUUGCAAUGGAUACAUUCACAAGCGUGGACCAAUUGCUGGUGGAUAAGCAAAACAGACUUUUUGAUUACUUUGAAAAUUUACUGAAUUUAUCAUUGUUUACUAGGGACGUUAAGGACGUGGAUAAAUGGUGCGAUUGGAGAUGCAAGGAUACUCUCCCACCCAGUAGCAUUUUGCAGCGGCAUGACUUGUACCCUGUAUGUAUGACACAAAUCGCUGCCAAAGGUACUAAUGGCGGUAAAGAUGCAUGUAGAUUUGGAAACAAAUUAUUUGGAAUACAAUUAAACGACAUUUUCAUGGAUUCUGAGCAAUGGGACAUUGUAACUCUAGAGACGCUUAUGCUGGUCCAUCGUUUUUUAAAUUCUUACAUUAACCACCCUCUUUUGCACCAAAGAUUUGAUAAUAAGUCUAAGGACAACCCGAAUGCCGAGUUACAAAUAUACUUGUUGGCAAAUGUCGGAUUGUUUGAACAUUGUACAGGGAUAAUUAGGCAACUUAUUGAUUUGUUUAGGGAAAAGAAAGCACCUUCGCCCAUAACAAAUUCACUUUUGAAUUCACUUAUGUGCAGCAGAGAUUCAUUCCAAAGUAAUAUAUUUGAGGAAAACGGUUUCUCGAUCCAUCCCCUAGAUGUGCGUUACCGCGUGGCACUUCUAAUAGAUAGUUGGAAUAAGGAUGAUAUAAGAAUUGGAGGUAUAAACCAGUCAAUAUACGACUUCCCGGAUUUCUAUAAGUGGUGUUACAGGCAGUUACACCUUAUCCACCUUACAAUUGCGCUAAAGCUGUGGAGGAUGGUUAGGUACUCACCUAAAUUUGGUCCUCUAGUGGUUGAAAAUUGGGAGUCUAUAAUCAAUGGUGGCGAUAGUGUUGGCAAUUUUACCGAAUUAUUCGAACCUACCAACUCUAAGGAUAACGAAUUUUUUGGAUUGGCAAAACAUAUAUCUUCAUUGCUACUCAAAACAAUUAGGAUAGUAGCCAAACUAAAGGUUAUGUACACGGAGCGACUGAAUUCCAGUAAGACUGUCUCUUCCCAAUUGGGAAAGUGUGAAUUACUUAAGCUACUAGAGAUGAUGUCUAAUGUUGUUGAGGUUGUGGAAAAGACUGAGAAGUUUACACUCAGUGGGCGCAACUGUUUUAGCGCAGAUUCCAAAGUUAUACGAGGUAAUAACACUAUGGACAAUAAUGCUACCACAAAGUGUAAUGUGAAUCACAGUUUCGCCUGCGACAUGAGUGUUUAUGCCGAUGAGAAUUUGUCUCUUUUGCACGAAUGGGGAUUUAUACAAACAGAUGAUGGGUGUAUGUCGUCCUGCUUCUGCGGGAACAGUAGUAAUUCAACUGGAUGGAGUGCUAAAAAAAGGACUAGUGGGAUAAAUCAUACAAAGUACAAGAUGGGAAGUGAUAACCCAAUCUGUAAAUACUUUACCGAACCAUUUGAGCCAAUUAAACUAUCGCAAUUUUGGUCUUUUGAAGAACCCAUACUAAUCAACUUAUUAUCAAGGUGUUACAGUGUUGUGCCAAUUGACGGCAUUGGAUCAGAAUCUGCUUGUUUAUCACAAGAAUCUCCCCAAGUACUACAAGGAAUUCUAAUUGCAUCCACAGUCCUUCAAAUUGGAGUCUCACCCAAUCUAUUUGUGUUAAAUAGAGUUGAUAAGAAGGGCUUUAAAACACUGACCAGGCCAGAGACGCAAAUAACACUCAUUCCUCUGUACAUACACUCACUUUUGUUGUAUAAUCACGUAUUUAACAGCGUAAAACGCACAAAAACAACUUGUUGGAGCAGUCCACGUGUUCUAAUCUCACUCCAUGCGUCCAUACAUGCAUUUGAUAAACUCUUGAGCGUGCCCGUGCUACUACCAAUUGAAGUAUACGCUGCAAAUUCGGAUAUGGCAAUUCGUUCCCAUAAUAAAUACCUCGAAUCUGCGCAUUUAUCUAAUUUUAGGGCCUUUCAAUUUGUAACGGCAAGUUUGUUGAAGGGAUUGAAAAUGGACAGUUUCUAUGGUAGCGAUGAUAGGGGUGAUAUUUUUGAUGAUCAUGAUGGCAUAUCUUUAUUUCGAGCGUCAAAGUAUGAGAAAAAUUGUAUGGCGUUAUUUGCGCUUAGAAGUUUGUUUGGCGAUGAAUACGAUAAUUGUUUCGGCACCUCUGUGCUCUAUCUCGACCCCUUCUUCAUAAAGGCGGAGCAGAAUUGCAGGCGCAAACUUUUUAGGGGUAGACAAGUGUUGAUUGACAAACUACCUGUAAAUAAAUCCCUAUUACGAAAGGCGGUGCACAAUCUCGCUGAGGCUAACAUUGUACUUGAAAUGGAGAAGAAUGAGUUUUCUAAGGCCAAUUUGACGAUGGGAGAAAAGUUUGAGAAGAUGUCCAAAAUAAUUACAAGUUUAUUUGAUAAGGCCAGGAAAUUUGAGCGAAUGCACAAGGACUAUGUUGAAUUUAGCAACUUACGAAUAGAGUUCUAUGAGUCAAUCAAUAUAAUCCUGUUUCCAUAUCUGGAGAAAUUGGUUGGCAAUUGGAAGGAUAACGAAAUAUUGCCAUGUACUGAUAAAUUAUUCAAUUCAUUUGAGACAGUGCUUAUGGCGCCCAGUGAUUUCGAAGAUGUGCUUGCUGUUAAGGAGGCUAUAAUUAACCAAUUUAUGUUGUUAUUUAAGGAUAAAUUUUUGGUGGGUUUGACGCGCCGCUUGGAUUCUGUGAUAAAUAUGGUUUCACAAACGGUUGCUAAGGACGAUUUUAAGCCGAUAUCUACGGCUAAAGGAAUCCAUUAUUCCUGUUGGGUCUCUGAUUUGGUGUCGUUGCUAAGGCACACUGUGUGUAUUUGUUUUAAAUUCUCAGCGCCCAUUGAAUGGCUCAUUGCACCAAUUUUUGAGAUGUCCGAGAAGGUUAUAGGCAAGUAUACUGAGGAGCUGGCCCGUAUUCUUAAAUAUGAUAAUGUAAUAGAUAAUGGACGCAAGCUAAAGAGCUCUGCCAAAGCAAUUAGUGACAUUUUGGAAUCGGAAGAUUUCGGUGACCAUUUGUUGAGUUCUGAAAAAUUAGACACAAAUUACCCAGCGGAUAUCAAUAUGUACAUUGUAUCGCUGCAUAAUUUGAUAUUGAUAUCUUCUGAGAUGGAAAUAACUGAACUGGAUGAAAGAAUUACUUCAUCCACAUCAAGAUCGCUAACUAAGGCUGGUAGGAAAAGGGUUUUCAAGAAAACACAGGCCUCAAUUAUGGUUUUGGAAAAUGUUAUUGCAUGGAGAAUAAUUUUGAACCUAAUACAUCUAGGUGGAUGUGACAAAAUAUCUGUUAUAAGACGUGAAUUUGGUUUAUUGUGUGAUAGAUUGUUGGAAUCUCUGCCCGAUGCCUCGCAAAAAUCCAUCUACAGCAAAGCGCACGAUGCUCUAGUAUCUUACGUGUCGUAUAUUGCCAAAAAAGAUUUAGAAAAUGGAUAUUUGGCAGAAAUUGCCAAUAAGGGAGAUGCUUCCACACUUCUGUCAUCAAUAAAUGACCUUUGUAUACAAACUUGCAGGUCUGGCAUAGGAGAUACUGCUUCGGCACAAUCACAAUUUGCCAACCUGAUCACAUUUCUCACAAUUUCACUCAAUACUGACACCCCCCUUAACACGGAGAGGAAACGGCAUCCGAAAUUGGCAAAGCUAGGGUUGAAGGUUAUGAAAAAGUAUGAAGCUAUAAUGGGUGGGGGGAGACAGGCCAUCAAUUAG